AUGCCUAAACUCAUCACUCUAAACAACGGCGUUAAGAUUCCUCAAGUCGGUUUCGGAUGCUGGAAAGUUCCUAAGGAUAUUUGCCCACAGCAGAUAUACGAUGCCAUUAAGGUUGGCUACAGAAUGUUCGAUGGUGCCACUGAUUAUGGAAAUGAAAAAGAAGUUGGCAAAGGUCUCCGUAAGGCCAUUGCUGACGGUAUUGUUAAAAGAGAGGACCUAGUUAUUGUUUCCAAGCUCUGGAACAGUUAUCAUAGUCCAAAGAAUGUCAAGCUUGUAGUUAACAAGAUUUUAAGUGAUCUAGGAUUGGACUACCUAGAUGUCUUAUACAUGCAUUUCCCAAUUGCUCAGAAGUUUGUGCCAAUUGAGGAAAGAUAUCCACCAGGAUUCUUCUGUGGUACAGAGGGAGUCUGGGAAUAUGAAAAUGUUCCAAUUGCUGUCACUUGGGCUGCCAUGGAAAAUUUGGUCAAGGAAGGUUUGGUCAAAUCUAUCGGUAUCUCCAAUUCCUGCGGUGCUGUGAUCCAGGACUUGUUGAGGGGCUGUAAGAUCAGACCACAGUUACUUCAAAUCGAGCACCAUCCUUACUUGGUCCAGAAGAGAUUGGUUGAGUAUGUUCAGGCACAAGGUAUUGUCAUUGUGGCCUACUCAUCCUUUGGUCCUCAAUCGUUUGUGGAAAUGGAUAAUCCUAUGGCCGUCAAUUGUCCUAAAUUGUUCGACAACCCAACCAUCAAAAAGAUCGCUCAGGCUCACAAGGUCUCGGCCGCCCAAGUUCUUCUCAGAUGGUCCACUCAGAAUGGAAUCUGUGUUAUUCCAAAGUCCAGUAAGAAGGAGAGAUUGUUGAGCAACUUACAGUCUGACAAAUUCAACUUAACUGAAGCUGAACUUAAUGAAAUCGAUGGUCUCAACAGAAAUUUGAGAUUCAAUGAUCCAUGGGAUUGGUCUGAUGAUCCAAAGACCAAGAUUCCUACCUUUAUCUGA